GCUACACCAGCACGGACCAGCCAGCUAGCUUUGCCGGUUGCUGCCUCCAGUCACUCAUCCUGGCGUUUUUUCACCCGUGAACUCUCUGUGAUCCAGUUAACUGCCACGAAGCCGAACGACAGUGACUAUGUUGUCUGCGUGUCUUCGUUGUAUUUCCUAAAGAUUGCACAAAUACAGCCGAGGCCCCUUAAAAAUGAGAGGAGGUGUGGUGCUUUUGUGACUCAGCUCGUGUGUAACCAUGGAGAAGCCCUGGAGGCUGUGGGGGGCAGUGGAGCGUUGUACCCUGGCACUGGUGUCCUGGUCCUGGGGCGCCUGUCGGGUCUCCCUUUUGGCCCUCAUCCUCACCUUCCACCUGUAUGGGGGAUUUUUCCUCCUCGCUCUCAUCCUGGCCUCUGUCGCAGGCAUCCUCUACAAAUUUCAGGACGUGCUCCUCUACUUCCCCGACCAGCCCUCCUCCUCUCGCCUCUAUGUUCCCAUGCCCACGGGAAUCCCACAUGAGAAUGUGUACAUCCGCACCAAGGACGGUGUUAAGCUCAACCUCAUUCUGCUUCGUUACACAGGAGGCGACACGCCCUCUGGAGUUGCCCGAGGCAAUCAGAGCAGUCCAACGUCCUCUGCUCCGCCUACCAUCCUUUAUUUCCAUGGCAAUGCGGGCAACAUUGGUCACAGGGUGCCAAACGCCCUGCUGAUGCUCGUCAAUCUGAAAGCCAACGUUGUGCUGGUGGACUACCGUGGCUAUGGAAAGAGUGAGGGUGAGCCCAGUGAGGAUGGGCUUUACCUGGAUGCAGAGGCCACAUUGGACUACGUCAUGACCCGUCCAGAUCUGGACAAGACAAAAGUGGUACUCUUUGGCCGCUCAUUAGGGGGCGCUGUGGCUGUGCGCUUGGCAUCAGUCAACCCUCACCGCGUAGCAGCCAUCAUUGUGGAAAACACCUUCCUCAGCAUUCCCCACAUGGCAGCGACACUCUUCUCCUUCCUACCCAUGCGCCUCCUGCCCCUGUGGUGCUACAGGAAUCAGUUCCUGUCCUACCGACAGGUGGCGCUGUGCCGCAUGCCCUCGCUGUUCGUGUCUGGUCUGUCAGAUCAGCUGAUCCCGCCGGUCAUGAUGAAACAACUGUAUGAGCUGGCGCCUGCACGGACUAAACGCCUGGCGAUCUUUCCAGAGGGGACACACAAUGACACGUGGCAGUGUCAGGGCUACUUCGCCGCUCUGGAGCAGUUUGUGAAAGACCUGCUGAAGAGCCACGCCCACGAGGAGAGCAGCCAGCCCUCGGCUAGUGUCACCAUUAUCUGAAGGUGGAGGAACUGCAGACUGCAGGUUACGGGCGGGAUGAAGUGUAGGAAAUUGAUUGGAGGGUCUUUAUUGAUUUUUGGAAAGAAUGUACAUUUUCUAUCCUUCUCCUUUUCUGGGUUAUUUUACUUUCUUCUUUCUGUAAAUUUAACAUAUUUGUAAUUUAAGAGCAGGUAAUGGAGCCCACGAGGGGAUCUUUUGUGUUGCAGCGAUUAAUGCAUGUAUUUAUGACAUUUUAUGAAUGACUCCAGACUAGCACACAUACCCACACUGCAAGACAAGUCACAGUGCUGAAAAUAAUGAAAAUGACAGAUAACUGUUGCACACAGUGAAACCCUAUAAGGACCAUGUUUUAUGAAAAUACUAUGAGAUAUUAAAUUAAAUUAUAAUAUAUAAAAUGAGACACUGAUAAUAUGUAGGCCUAUACUGUAUAUAUAUAUAUAUAUACAUAUAUAUAUAUACAGUAAAAACAUACAAUGGUUAAUUUGUUCUUCUUGACCUUUUUGCUCAAGUGUAAGCUAACAACAGCAAGACUUGGAGACCAUAAGGACGUUUCCUCCCCUUCCCUUUGGGCCAGGAACAUUAAUAUUGAGUUCUCGCAGCAGCUUGACAUUGUAGUGAUUAAUAUUUAUAUAUUCCCUUGAAAGAUUUGAUCUGGCACAUUAGGUUUGGAAAAGACAUUGUGAUGUCGAGUAACUGUUUUCAGUCAAGUGUCGACUGAGAUGAAGUGGUCACUUGUCAGUAAGAUAAGGUGACAUGCUUGAUACUUCUGGCUUUAAAAAUAAGUUCUUCACAUCUUGUUUCCUUUCAGACUGUGUCUGUUCCAGUGUGAUUGGUGAAGAUGCUGCAAGAAGUUCUCUUCUGUUAAAACACAAAUAGCACACAACAUAAGAGUUUACUCUCAAACGGGCUCGAGUCCCUUAUUGAGAAGUUUUGGCUCUUGUAUCAGGAGCGUUUGCUCCACAUGUGGUUUGUUAUUUAAUGAUGGGUUCAGCCUUGUUCAAAUCUAGCGCAGCACAAUAUUACGUAUCUUUAAGUUCACUGAAAGGGUUGAUGAGAAUUCUGUUGAUAAUGACCUUGAAGAGAUACUAUGCAAAAGCAGAAAGCAGCUUAAGAUAAACCAAAUGGGUAUUUUUUCCAAUGUUACGUCUAAUGAGUAGGAAAAAAAUCUACUACUCCAGAAACACUGGCAAAUGCCAACUAAGUUAAAAGAAAAUAAGAUGAACUUUAAAGAUACUCGUUAUGUUUGUCUAAAUUAGACUCCUGAAGCCUCAUAAUAACUUAAGCUAAACUUAAGAAUAAAUUUUAGCACCGGAAGAGGACUGCGGAUUUUGUCUGCCCCCUUAAACUAGUCACACUCGGAAGGAACUUCCGAACAGCGAGUAUGGACACAAUGGAUGAUUUCAGUGACCAAUGUUGAAAUACGCUAGUUUUGAAAAACCCUGAACCCGUCUGAAGAACUUAAAAGUAAAAUGUGAUCUUUUUUUAAAAUAAAAAUCAGAUAAUGUAACUAUUCGUUAGUUAUUAUCACCUCGCUCCAUGCAACGGCAAAACGGCUUUACUCACUCGGAGGGCUUUAAACGAGUUGACGAACCUUCCUCGCAUGUCUUCCACAGGGACGAGAGCGAAGAGCUCGACGGUUAAAACACUGUUUUCUGCUCCUGCGUUCCACAUGCAGGCGAAGCCAAUCGAUUACUCUCCACAGAUCUCUCGAGCCAUAUCUGAUGCUGUUUGUCAACAGAAAUGCUUAACAAAGAUUUUUACACCAAAAGGGCCAACAUUUGCUUGUGUUGGCACCAAAAAAUGGACUUUAGGCUACUAUGAAUGUAAAUCGUGGUCUUAAAUUAACUGCUGUGCUUUAUGAGAAAUAAUUUAAGGAUGGUAUUCUUUCCCUUUAUGUGUGACACUUUUCCGACACUGGCCAGUAUCCAACGAUUUUUGUAUUAUAUCAAAUCCAAAAUCGGAUUUCAGUUUAAAGAUUUCUUUUAAUCCCAUUAAAUAUUUUGAGUUCAACGUUGUGCAACUGGAGCACAAACACGUCAAUAUAUACUCAUUACGUCUCACACACUUUGCUUUACACACUUCUGCUGUUAGUUUGCCUUUGUGCCAUUUCUCCAUUCAAGAAGAUAUGUGGCAACUUUCUGUCAUUCAUUUAUUUAUUUGAUUCAUUGUUUUGGUAACUGUCCGAAAAAGCAAAUCAAUAAUUAAUAAGAUUGUAAGAGUUCUUGUCCUCGCCAAACGUGUUGUCCAACAACCCCCCGUUGAUAGAAAAGAAAUGAACGUAAACUGAAUGUCUUUUCAUUUUUUAUUUCUGAAAAUAAUUUGCCGACUCCUGCAGGAAUGCACUAUGGAACAUAUUUUUUGUAUGUCCAUAUGAUUGUGAAUGAUUGCUCUUACAAGUGUUGUCGUAAUUUGGAAUUUUGCACACAAGCUGGAAGGUGUUUGUGUUAAGUUUUGGCAAAUCGAUGUAGUGAACCUGAACAGUGUUGACAUACUUUGUGUACAUCUGCCACGACUGGAGACACGUUGAUGUGGGAUCUGAACAGUUAAGACAUCUGAAUGAUUCAUCUUUACCUUUAGUAUGAAGCAGUCAGUUUUUUUUCUCCCAUUUCUGUUUCUUUUCUAUUUCCAAAACAAUGUUGACAACUUCUUUUGUAAGCACACAUUUUCACUUUCUAUUUUCUGUACUGUAACAUGCAAUAAAUUGAUACAUUAAAGUCGCUCGUCUUGUGGGA